GCGCCGGCGCUGCCACCCCCACAGCGGGCGGCGGUUUGUGCGCGGGGCCGGCGGUCGGCGUGGGACCGACGAGGGCGGGAAGGCGCUGUCGCUGGACGCCGGCACGGUUUCCUAGAUCUAAAAGAAAGGCCGAGUUAGAGAGUACCCUUCCAAAAUGGCUGCUAUUAAGGAAGAGAGAGAAGUGGAAGACUACAAGAGGAAAGGAAGACGAUCCUCACAGCAGAAAUACCGUAGACUGAAUAAGGGCCAUGAGCCAAAGGAGCCAGAGCAGUUGAGAAAGCUGUUCAUUGGAGGUCUGAGCUUUGAAACAACAGAUGAUAGCUUGAGAGAGCACUUCGAGAAAUGGGGCACACUCACCGACUGUGUGGUGAUGAGAGACCCCCAAACAAAACGUUCCAGAGGCUUUGGCUUUGUGACUUACUCCUGUGUGGAGGAGGUGGAUGCUGCCAUGAGCGCUCGACCACAUAAGGUUGAUGGACGCGUGGUUGAACCAAAGAGAGCAGUUUCCAGGGAGGAUUCUGUAAAGCCUGGGGCACACCUCACUGUAAAGAAAAUAUUUGUUGGUGGAAUUAAAGAAGAUACAGAAGAAUAUAAUUUGAGGGAGUACUUUGAAAAAUAUGGAAAGAUUGAAACCAUAGAGGUCAUGGAAGACAGGCAGAGUGGAAAGAAGAGAGGCUUCGCUUUUGUUACUUUUGAUGAUCAUGAUACAGUUGAUAAAAUUGUUGUUCAGAAAUACCAUACUAUAAAUGGACACAACUGUGAAGUGAAAAAAGCGCUCUCAAAACAGGAGAUGCAGACUGCUAGCUCUCAGAGAGUGAAAUAUUUUGUAGGUCGUGGGGGUGGCUCAGGCAACUUCAUGGGCCGUGGAAACUUCGGAGGCGGUGGAGGGAAUUUUGGCCGAGGAGGAAACUUUGGUGGGAGAGGAGGCUAUGGGGGUGGUGGUGGCGGUGGUGGGAGCAGAGGAAGCUUUGGGGGUGGUGACGGAUACAAUGGAUUUGGUGAUGGUGGCAACUAUGGCGGUGGUCCUGGCUAUGGCAGCAGAGGAGGUUAUGGUGGUGGUGGAGGACCAGGAUAUGGAAACCCAGGUGGUGGAUAUGGAGGAGGAGGAGGAGGAUAUGAUGGCUACAAUGAAGGAGGAAAUUUUGGUGGUGGUAAUUAUGGUGGAAGUGGAAACUACAAUGAUUUUGGCAAUUACAGUGGACAACAGCAGUCUAACUAUGGUCCCAUGAAAGGUGGUGGCAGCUUUGGUGGCAGAAGUUCAGGCAGUCCCUAUGGUGGUGGUUAUGGAUCUGGAAGUGGAAGUGGGGGCUAUGGUGGUAGAAGAUUCUAAAAAUGCUACCAGAAAAAGGGCUACAGUUCUUAGCAGGAGAGAGAGCGAGGAGUUGUCAGGAAAGCUGCAGGUUACUUUGAGACAGUCGUCCCAAAUGAAUUAGAGGAACUGUAAAAUCUGCCACAGAAGGAACGAUGAUCCAUAGUCAGAAAAGUUACUGCAGCUUAAACAGGAAACCCUUCUUGAUCAGGACUGUCAUAGCCACAGUUUGCAAAAAGUGCAGCUAUUGAUUCAUGCAAUGUAGUGUCGAUUAGAUGUACAUUCCUGAGGUCUUUCUCUGUUGUAGCUUUGUCUUUCUUUUUUCUUUUUAUUUUCCCAUUACAUCAGGUAUAUUGCCCUGUAAAUUGUGGUAGUGGUACCAGGAAUAAACAAAUCAAUGAAUUUUUAACUUUUCAAUAUUUGUGUAGUUCAGUUUUUCCACAUUUAGUACAGAGAACUCUAUAACAGAACUGAAAUGUAGUUUAGGGUGUUUCCUUGUUAGUUAAUAGAGAAGAUAAAUGCAUUUCUCAAUUACUAUUUUGUAUUAAUUUAAAGUUAACAAUAGAAACACCUAUUGAUUUGCAGUCUUAAGGGUCUAGUCUCAGUGUAUAUACGUAACUGUCAUUGACAUGAGUUACAUAGGCAUACAGAGGGAAAACAUCUGUAUGUUGCAUUAUAGUUUGUUUAGAUGUAUAACUAGGAUUUGAGUUACUCAAAUUAGUGUUUGUGCAUCAUAGAACUAAGCUUUAUCUCAAUGAAAACUUCAAAUUACUUUUUGGUUUGUGCAUAUUUUUUUAAUUUGUAGUUCUGUAUUAGUACUAGCGCUUCAAGAAAAUAAGGCAUGAUAAAUAUUUUAACAAGACCAACUUUAGACACACGAAA